AUGGAGGCCUUCCUUGGGGUCGGCCUGGUUGCAGGCGAGAUCUUCCGCUACAACAGGCAAAACUUCGCGUUCGACCAAGACCAACGCUUCCGACGCGAUGAACUCCGACUCAAGAUGCAGGUGGAGCGUUUCCGCCUGUUCCGACAAGACAUUCGCGACCUGGUAGAGCUCACAGUAGGGAAAAUGGACCUCUACCAUAUGGUUGGUGCGCUUUUCAUUCGCAUGAUCAGCAUCUACUAUUCCGAGGGCUUCUUUGAGGAAGCUCCUCCAGUUUUUCUUCAGGUGGCUUACUAUCUGUCGCAGGCCUGCUCCCUUGUCUAUUUGCUGAUGGCAAUUUGGCUUUCCAUGCAUGCUUCCAUCAAGUCGCACAGCUAUGCAACCCGAUUGCUGACCAGGUUUGUUCGCUUGCCGAUUCCUGGCUGCGGGCAGCUGGACGUACUGAAUGCUCGUUUGUCCGAUUGCGAGUCACAAGCAGCUCAGCUACUUCGCGUGCCGUUCCUGCAAUCAGGAAGGAACGCAUGGAAAGAUCGAGCGGCUGUUGAGGGUGAUGCCCUUCCUGGGGAACCUAGAGAAGUGAAUGCCGUGCCCGCUCCAAAGCCGACUGGGGACGAAUUGGAGGAUGGUGAGUUUGCAUACGGCGGGGAGCACAACAUGCUUGGCCACGAGGAGCUCCUCCAUGCUGUGGAGUUCCGGACGCGACGCCACGUACAGCUUUUUCGACAGCUUCAAGCAAGGUGGCAAUGCUUCGACGCAUACUCUCGUGUUUGCAUGUCCCUCGGUGUGCGCCACAUGCUUCAGUCGAUCAACUACUACCUCUUGGGACUCUGCAUGGUGCAGAUGUAUGACCCGGUAGUGGGUUUUGUGCUGACGGUGGUCUUCCAGGCUCUUGCUUGCAACAUGACGAUUCUUGACGUUCAUGGCUUGCCGUGCCUCGGGGGAUUGGACCUGUCCUUCAUCGGCUUCUUACCGGCAAUCGCUGCAUGCGUGUCGCUAACGCUUGCAGAGAGAGGGGAAGAUGGAGAUCUCGCCUCGAACAAUGCUUAUCCUGUCUCAGUGGCCAUCUAUCCGCUUGAGAUUGCUUGGUUUGAGCUAUUGCAUUGGGUGGCAUCGCCAGCUUCAGAUGAGUCCAGCAUUCCACGGCACUUCCGAGCAGUCCUUUUCAUGGAUGUGUUUGGAGAAGCAGAAGAUCCCACGGAAAUUGCCAUGACAAAGAAGGGCAGCAUGUUCUCGGGUGUGAACGCCGUAGUCCUUGUGGAGAAGGUGCAACUUAUUCAAGACGCACUGCAACGUGCUCAAGCAGCAAUGCGUCGUUGGGAAGAAGUUCCUGGAGCGUGGCUCACAUUGCGCCAGAGAAAGGAGCUGGAGAAGCUCAGCGAUGACCUUCGUCUUGAAAUGGCUGGUUUGGGUGAGCUCCUGAGCGAGUGUGACAUGGAAGUUGAGAUCGCCCGAAUGCGCGAGUGGCCCGAGCUGUCGUCUGUCGAGCGCCAGCUCGACCACUUCAAAGGAACCGUGCUGGGGCCGUUCCAUUACAUCAACUCCUCAGGCCUGCCUGCAGAUUAUUAUUGGGAUAUCGAGAACACGGUGGCGAAUGGAAGCCACAAGCUUCUGUAUGAUCCCGCAGGAUCUGCUCCAGCGCUGACGCUGGAGGAUGCUGCUGAAACUGUUCGAGACUUUCAGCACCUAAUGGAUGACAUCCGCAGGAUGUCCCACUUUGCCGCUGAGAAGCCCAAUGGGAAAAGCAAAGGAAGAUCAGACUCAGAUGAAGCAGCAUCGGACAGAACACCCAGAGCAUCAGCCAUCAAGGGUGCCUUCACGGCCAGGGAAACUAAGGAGCUUUACAAGCCUAUCCGCCUACCUUGGCGUACGGUGAGCUGCCUGACUCGGACUAUCCAAAUCAUUUGGCUUGGCGUGGGGGUUUUCGCGGGCAUGCGCGAGUCUGGCGUGAUGUUGUUCGACCACCAGGUGUCAUACAUAGUCGAGGAGCGGAGGCUGCAGAACGCCAUCCUGGUGGAAAAGGAAGAAUUGCAGAUGCUGUGGCCAUACGGGAUCUUCUUCCGCAUCGAGGCCUUGCAAUGCCACUUGUGCGAGCAUGCGCAGAUGCUGGGGACGAGCCCCAUCAUCGCCAGCACCCAUUUCGCCCGCUAUGCCCUGCACAACUCCUCUCUGCAAGAGAUGUCGUUCGCAGAGGAGGAUAUGUUUUGUGGGCCAGGCAUCGGUUGCUUCGCAGCCUGCCGCCUGUCCAGCGGCCUCGCAAUUGGAGAGAGCAGGCUGCAGCUGCCUUCCGGCACAGGACGACUAUCCGGAGCUCUUUCCCAUUGCAAAGCCCGCAAGAACGGCCAUGGCCAAGUUUGCCUCCACCUGGCUGUCGAAGGUCAAGAUCAGCGUUUGCAAGUGCUUCACGUGGAGUUGCCGGAGCCCAGCGCAGAUGGACCACACGCAGGGUGCAGAGACUGUGCGACGCGCGGCAUCUGCCACGGCAUGCUGUCGGCCUGGGCAGCAGACGUCCCCGUGAAUUCUCAUGGAGGGCAUCUGGCGGCAUUUGUUCUCCAAGGUGGCUGCUUGUGGCUCUUAUCCUCGGGCCUCCUCGAAGCGUGGAGCGUGCAGGCUGAGCCUUACUUGCUCAGGCAGUGGGAAGUCGACUUGCCAGCUGACUUCCAGCCAACGGCUAUGUGCAGGCACCAGGACUGCGAGCGCGCCGACUCAAGAUUGCUUGUAGCGGGGCAUUCGAGCCGUGGUCCAGGCCUCUUGCAGCUUUUGCCGGUCGGUGGCAGAGCCUGA